GUGGUGCAGGGCACGGUGAGCAGCGUGGAGCUGAACUACCUGAACUCUGUGACCGAGUAUCAGGUGGCCGUGUUCGCCAUCUACCGCAGCUCAGCCAGCGAGGGCCUGAGGGGGAGCGCCACCACACUGGCCCUUCCGAUGGUGAAUAACCUGGAGCUGUUCGAUAUCACUCACAGCACCAUGAGGGUCCGAUGGAGGACGGCCACCGGGGCUUCUGGGUACAUGAUCCUGUACGCCCCGCUGACCGAGGGAGACCCUGCAGACGAGAAGGAGCUCCGGGCUGAGAGCAAUGAAAACAAUUUAGGAUCAGGAUGGAUGUCUUCCAGUGCGGAGGAUCAGCCUGGCUCGGAGGCGCUGCUGUCGGAGCCCCGCGCUCGGCUGCCUCCUGCUCGGAUGGCUUCCACUCGCGGUGCCAUGUGGGGGACUCCUCUGGGCCAAAUCCAGAGUCAGAUCCAGUCCAGUUUGUCUGAGCUGAAAUGCAUUCAGAGGAAAGCUCCUCAGAGG